AAAGUGACAGUGCUUUGCACCUGGAAGUAGUUUUACACUUCCGGUUAGAUUUGAAGAUUCCUGAGAAAGCACUUUAGACGGUGGUGCCAUGAGCUGGAUGCGUUUUGUGGUAAAGGGGUACCGUUUGUCGUCUUCCUUUGUGUUAACGUCAAGAUGGAUAAGAAUAAGACCUACUUGCAAGUUGGAAUACAGCACGAAGUCUGAGAAACCUCAGCAACUAAUUGGGCGAUAUCCUGUCCCAUAUAAGAAGGAUCUGCCGUAUGACAUUGUCGAACUGAUGGAGGAGGUUGAAACUAAGAGUGGUUUUUUGCCAAACAUAUUCAAGGUGCUUUCCUAUCGGCCUGUGGAAUUCAGGGUGUUCUUUGCAUACUACAAUGCCCUAAUGAACAAAGAAACAGGUAAUCUCAGCAAAGCAGAUAGAGAGCUUAUUAUUGUGGCCACAAGUGCUAAUAACCAUUGUCCCUACUGUGUUAUUGCACAUAGUGCCCUACAUCGGAUAUAUUCCAAAAAUCCAAUUCUAGCAGACCAGGUGGUUGUGAACAGACACCUGGCGGACUUGGAUGAUCGGCAACAUGCCAUGUUGGAUUUUGCUGUCGCUGUGAGCAAUGCAGAAAACAUCAGUGAAGAUCAUCUUAAAAAACUAGAGAUGCAUGGAUUUGAUCAUGAGGAUGCUUGGGACAUUGCUGCGAUAACUGCAUUUUUUGCAAUGUCCAAUCGCCUAGCUCACCUUAUCGAUUUGCAUCCAAAUGAAGAGUUUUAUAUGCUGGGAAGAUUGCCCAGGGAGAAGGAUAAGAGUGAAGGUUAAGAUAAUCUGAUGUCCAGUUCUGUUUCAGCCUGCUGUGUACUCUAAAAGUAGCUUACAUUUAUUUAAUUUUGAAGUAAUAGUUCUGGAACCCAGAGCUAAUAGUUUACAAAAUACAAAAUGAAACUAGAAUCCGAGACAAGUUAAUGAUUUCUAUAUGAAGUUGAGUAGAGUUCUUAUACAGCGAUUAAAGUCUGGAAGUAACAAGAGAAUUGUAAUGAACAUCUAUCCAAAUAUUCCAGAAUUGCAAGCCCAAUUAUUUUGUACUAUUUAAUUUUUUAAGUUCAUUCAUGGGGUGAGGGUGUUGCUGGCUAGGCCAGCGUUUGUUGCCCAUCCCUAAUCAUCCAGACGGCAGUUAAGAGUCAACCACAUUCCUGUGGAUCUGAA